AUGUCUGCCGCGGCCCAGCUGCCCGAACACAAACUCUCGGAGACACCAAAUUCGCGCACUAUCGAAAUCGGUCAUUGGAUAAUUACAGCUCGGACGAACCCCAUCUCAAAUGCAAACGAGCUUGAUGCGGUUCAAGGGUCGCUUCAGGGCAUGCCUCUUCCCGAGAUGACCUUUGGCAACAACAUGCUCGAGCUCGAGCACAAACGUACCGGCUGGAGAUAUGCAUUUGGCACUGCAGACGCGCUGCGAGGUGUGAAGAAUGGGGAGCUUGCUGAAGGAGAUGGGGGUGUCAAGGUAGGAUAUGCGGAAGCCUGGCUGAAGAGCCGGACAGGUGACUCAUCGCAACUUCCUAUGCCAAAGACUAUCGCGACGAAACCAUACGAUUGGACGUACACUACGACGUAUCCUGGCCACAAUCCCUCAUCGUCCUCCAGUUCGAUAACGUGGAAUGAAGCUGACAGCGAGAAUCCGCAACAUGAAAUCCCACUAGCGGAACUAACACGACAAGACCCCAUCUUGUUCUAUGCCGAGAUUCCGCUGUUUGAGGACGAGCUACACGACAAUGGCGCUUCACACUUGCUGACGCGCAUCCGAGUCAUGCCGACGUGUUUUUUCAUCCUGUCACGCUUUACACUUCGCGUCGACAACGUACUCUUCCGGACAUACGAUACCAGAAUUUACCAUUCGUUCGCUUUGUCGCCUCCGCUCAUUGUGCGAGAGACUAGUGGAUGGGAAGCCCCUUAUGACCGAGUGAAGUUGCAAUUGCCAAGACGCAACGACCUCACGCCUUUGACCGAUCCAACAUGGAUAGCCACAGCUCUAACGGGAAUGCCUCGGCAUGUUACUCAAGAAACAGGAGCAGGUACUGGCUGGAGAGGGUUAGGCGCGAAGGUGGAAGUAGCCGUCCUCGUCAAGGAAGCUGAGUAAAUGUCACUUCUUCUUGAGCAUGUUGGAUAUCGAAAGCGUGGAAAAUUUAUUACCUCCCAUGUAUCAUCACAAUCUUUUUGCACGCGUGCUUCGACCGGAGGCUGAGGCCUGAGGAGUCAGG